UCGGUGGCUGCGCAGCGUCGGCGGGGAGCGCGGGCUGCGGAGAGGCGGGCCUGGCGGAGCGCAGCGACUGGAAGCGCGAGCCGGGGAGGCGGCGGCAGCGGCGGAGACGGGGGCCUCGCGGCUCAGCCCCCGCAUCAGAGCAGACCUCCGCGGCGCUCGCCCCUCGCUGAGCCCCACCGCCGAGCCCGCCCCGGGCCGGCGUGCACUGGUCACCAAGGCCCAGGUCGCCGCCGCCGCGGCGCGUUCUUGAAAUCAUGAAUCCUGUUUAUAGCCCUGGUUCUUCUGGGGUUCCCUAUGCAAAUGCCAAAGGAAUUGGUUAUCCAGCUGGUUUCCCCAUGGGCUAUGCGGCCGCAGCUCCUGCCUAUUCCCCCAACAUGUACCCUGGAGCAAAUCCUACCUUCCAAACAGGUUACACUCCUGGCACACCUUACAAAGUGUCCUGUUCCCCCACCAGUGGGGCAGUGCCACCAUACUCCUCCUCUCCCAACCCCUACCAGACCGCUGUGUACCCCGUGCGAAGUGCCUACCCCCAGCAGAGCCCCUACGCACAGCAGGGCACAUACUACACGCAGCCCCUGUAUGCAGCACCCCCUCAUGUCAUCCACCACACCACAGUGGUGCAGCCCAACGGCAUGCCGGCGACAGUGUACCCUGCUCCCAUCCCUCCACCUAGAGGCAACGGCGUCACCAUGGGCAUGGUGGCUGGGACCACUAUGGCCAUGUCAGCAGGUACCCUGUUGACUGCCCACUCCCCAACUCCUGUUGCCCCCCACCCAGUCACUGUGCCCACGUAUCGGGCCCCAGGAACGCCCACCUACAGCUACGUGCCCCCUCAGUGGUGAUCACCCUGCAAAUGUUUGAGGAUGGAGCUGUGCAGUCACAUCAUGGAGGUUCCACAGCUGGUGCUGCAGGCCUCGCGCCUCCAACCUGGACUUUCUUCUUAAUGCUCUCAACACUUAGCUAAACACUAGGGCCCAGCCCAGCAGGUCCCAGCGCCAUUAGUUUCCAACUAACUCUGUGGGUUGGUCUUAAAGCAAUUCCUGUUUUGUGGGCUGCCUGGCAACUUUAGCUAACUGUAAUGAUAAAAAGGGAGUAUUAAUCUAUUCUGAAUCAUAUCUAGUUGAAUGCAUGUUUAAAAACAAACAAACAAAAAACAAAGCUUGCUCAAUCUACCUGCAGUGACUGAUGCAAACCAUCAUAUGCAAAACCCAAAGGAAUGGAAAAGCAUUUUACAACUUGUAUCACUAAUGCACUGUUGUAAUGUAUGCAGAGUCUUAAAGUUUUAGGUGUUAAAGUGAAUUUCUUCAUAGAGUAUCUGAAAUCCCGUAGAUGGUUCUUCAGCCUUUGGGGUUGAUGUGGGUUGCCAGUUGGUAAUGUGGACUUUGAGUUUUCAGCCGUCUGUUUCUUUCACACUGACUGCACGGAAGAGAGUUACAGGGACAGGGAACGUGCAGGGUGGGCCACCACCGCCUGGGGCGCAGCCAGCUUACUGAACAUCCCUUUCUUGCUGUUUAGGCUUGCCAGACAUUGUGGUGUGGACAUUCUUAGAGAUGAUCAUGAAAGUGUAGAGUUGUAUGGCCAGUACAGUUAGGGGUAAGAGGUCAUCUGUGUAUCAACAAAGCGGUUUUCUCUGCCAUCUAAAUUUUUAUUACAAGUCUCCUACACAUAGAGAUGAGGUUUUAUGUAUCUUUAUUGGAAAAGUCCUAUGUAGAACUAAAUUAUUUUCCUGGGAUGGAAGAUAUGUGAAGGAGAAACAGCCACACUUGGAGGAGAUAGUGGUUUCUCCUUUGUUUAGCUUAGAAAACCAUUCCUUCCCCCCCCCCCCCAAGAAGUUUCAGUCCACAGAAAACCUAUGUAGGCAUUGCUGUUCUCCAACACCCCCCCCCCCUUCCAAAGAAGGGCAAAGAUUUCAGCUGUCUGUUAUGAAGAAAGUUGAAUAUCUAAAAGAACUAUUAAAAGGGAACAAAACUUGGUUUGAAAUGGUUUCUUGUAGAGAGGCCGGGCUGUGGCUGUGUUUGGGCCCAUCCACCUGAUGGGGACUUGUCAUCUAAGACCAUCUGAAGAGGACUUCUGGACAUGAGUCUGGGGAGGGAGGGGCUGGUGCCUCUGGUCUGUGAGCCAUGUCUGCCCUGUGUAGCUGAGGGCUCUCAGCACAAAGCAGGUAUGGACAGCAGCGGCCCAGGCAGUGUCAGAAUGCCUUUGCCUGCCACGUUUUAUUCAGAAAGGAUUUUGUGUUUAAAGUCAGAAUAUUGUACAUAAGAAAUGAAGAGGAUUUUUUUUUUCUUUGCUUAAGUGUGCCCAACUUGUGUCAGUGGCAUUGUGUCUGUUCACAGAGGGGGUGGGAGGGUGAGGGUUGUGUUCCCUUUUAGUAGUCGGUCAGGUGGGGUGGGGUGUACUCCUGUUCACCCCAUCAUUUCAAGUGUAUGGGCUUCGGUGGGGAGGGGACCCUGCUCUUACGUCUCUGGCAGCUAGGUCAGGGCUCUGGCACUGGUUUGGCAUUUGGCCCCAUUUCGUGAGUGGGACACCUGACCCCUAAGCCUUUGGUAACCUUAUUUUUUUUCUGGUAAAUACCCCAUAAUUUUCUUUUUCACAUUUUGUUUUAUAAGAAGUUUAGGAAUAUUUUUGCAUGGAUCAUUGUAAACAGAAAGUUCCUUAUUCCUAAUGUCUAUUAACAUAGUGUGCUUACUGAUGAGUACUUUAAAUUGCUUCAUUAGCACUUAAACCACGUGUGUGUGUGUGUGUGUGUGUGUGUGUGUGUGUGUGUAUGAGAAAGAGAGAGAACCAUUUACCCCAGGCGCAGUUUGUGUCCACUUUAACUCUGUGUUGGUUAUUCCUUCUGUACAUUGGAUGGUUUAUAAUAUCCAUGAGGUUCUAAGGGUUCCAGGGCUGAACUGAUCAGUAAUAGAAAAGUCAGUUUCUCCAGUUUAGUCUAACAGAUUAGGAGAAAAUAUGAUUUUAGUAUCUAUUUUUAAAAGGCCCUAAAUAUCAAAAUGGGAACACACACCCCCACCCACCCACCCCUGUGUAUGAGGGUGGAGUCAUUUGAGCAGAGUUGUGUAGGACGCUUCAUUGGGCUUGCUUGAGACAUGGUGUACACAGGGUGAGCAUUCUCACGAGCACUGAAGUAAAUGGGGUUUUCAAGAGGAAGAAGGUUGGGUUGCGUUUUGCCCCCAUUUACAUCAGCUUCAUAAACACUGUCCCCCCCCAAAUUUUUUAAAAAUCUUUUUCGCUUUUGUGAAGGGGAGUUGGGAGACUUUAUCAAAUACUGUUGCAUAAUGGAAUACGUCUGUGUGGAAAUCUUUUCACAUCAGGGCAUCAGCUAUCAAAUAUAAUGAAAGGUAGAUCUUGUCUAGUAGGUAAGAAUCUGGACAUACAAAUAGUAGCAAAACUAUCAUAGACUGUAAUUUUAACAGCAGUUCCAGUAAAAUUAAGGAAUAGAACUUCUGUUAUAAAAGUGUAUAAUUUGACAUCCCAGUCCUAAUUGUGGAACAUUCAGAGAAACUGCUUUUUUUUGUAUGUGACAUUCCUAACUUGAUACUCUUUAGCUGAAUUAUGGUUCUUUUGGAAGUGGAGACAGGCAAGCAAAGGACCUAAUUCCUCUAAACAUGAAUGUCAUCAUGGAUAAUUUUAAAAAAUUGUUCUACAGCCUCUCUGCCAAGGUUCAUCAGGUCUCUUUCUCUGCUUCUGGAAAUUUUGUUUGGAUCUGGGCCGAGGCGACUUGAGUGUUUAGUAACAAGCGAUGGUCCCAUCAGCCUGCUGCCUCUGAGGAGUGAGGCCAACAUCAGGACCAGGGCCAUUCGUGGGAGGCAUGGAGGCAAGGCUCCUCCAGAACCUUUUAUGUCUUCUGUAUUAAAUCUUGUCAGAACAUUCUUGUUGAGAUGGUUAUGAGGCCUACCAGUUGCCAUUCUGUGAAUCUGUUUCUUGAGAGCUAUGCAAGUGUAGUAUUUACAGGAGAUGAGAGAGGUCUUGAGACUUGGGCUGGGCACUUGGCUGGUUAAGCAUCCUGCCCGUCCCACUCUGGGCAUACAGUGCCUUGCUCCAUCUGGUGGUACCAUCGCUUCUAUACUAAGAGGAAAUAUGUUCUUAAGGCAUUUUGCAUAUGCUGAUAUCUGGUACCUGAGUUUCUGUGAGGUGCCUGCCAGUCGGUGGUGAAAGGGUGGCACACACCAACCACGUCAACAUUGGGGCCUACUGCAAAAAGGAAAUCCACACUUCCUCACCUGUUCUUGUAAACAUUUGCAAACAGUAUUACUCUGACCAGUUGGUCCACUUUCUCCCCAUCUGGCAGCUAAUGGCUGGAUGCCUCAGUCAUUGCCAGCCUGGGUAUUGCCUAGUCAGGACAGGAUGCCUGUCUGACCCCUUAGCAGGCUCAUAGGCACUUUUAAGGGCGAGUGCUUUGAGGGCAAAGGGCAGCUUCUGGUUCUUUCUGGUGCUUUUUAAGUAAGGGUGUGUGGGGUUUUCUCUAGAGAGGAGUGUAGCUCUGAGGAAGGGCAGACUGCUUAGCUCUCUCUAGCAUAUCUCAGAUGUUUGUGUUUUUUCCCUGAGCUGUUGAUUAUUCAGCCUGAGCUUUCUGAAGGUGCAUCAGACUUUUUUGAACAGACUUGCAGAUAACCUGCUGGAGAGGAGGGUCUAGUCUUUUUGGGUAGAAAGUUGCAACGUUGAUCUUACAUGUUUUCAGAGGAUUUGUCUGCCCUACCUCCACUCAUCUGAAGAACAGAAAACCCUAGGGGUAACCUUAAAGUUCCCUGACGUGGAACAGGGAAACAGGAUAGGCAGGCAUCUGUUCAGGUGCCCUGCAGUGGUUUCAGGGCUGUCGUGGUGGAGAUGACGGUGUCUUGUUUGGGACUCCUGAGCCCUGUCAGUCUCCCAUGGGUUCUUGUGUAGACUGGUGGUCAGUAAAACAGAUGGGCCCUGCUGUGCCCCAGCAGAGUCGCCUUGACUGCUCAGAGGAGAGGCCCCAAGGAGCCACGUGGGUUGUGACUAUCUAGGAAAUGUUUCCCCCCUCCUUUUUUUUUUUUAAAUGAUUUUUAAAUACUGUUUUUUUAGACCGUUCUCUUGGUACUUUUUUUAAGCUUUCGUCAACAUUGUCUUCCAGUGUUAAAGGCCUCCCUCACCUGCAUUGAACUUACGGUGUCAAUCAGUACAAAGGAAUGGAACACCCAUCCUGAGCCAGUUCCAUUACGUGUAAAUUCAUACUAUUUUAAUUUUUUAUGCAAUCUGAUGAGUAGAUGAGCUCAGAUUUAAAAUUCUUAAAAGCACGUUUAUUGUAACAAGAAUUGUUAUGUAUUAAUACUGCAGUUUUCAAUAAAGAUUGACUUGUGUUGCA